AUGCCACAGAUAGUGUCAGUCCCUUCAAGCCAAGAAUCUCAGGUCAAGGGAUGCUUGAAGACCAAUGUGGUAUUGGGAGAAAUAGGUAGACUGGAAAUGGAGAUAUCUGAGUGCAGAAGAGCUGUUGCUGAGCGGUGGAGCAAGGUAGAAUACCGUCAGACGCAAAUCAAAUCUGAUACUGCAGAAUGCAAUGAUGAUAGCGCUGUGAGCACUGAUGUUGAGGGUUAUUCGGAUGAGAGAGUUUUGAAGAAGGUUAAGCGAGAGGUUAUAGAUCUUACCGCUUCCGAUGAAGAGAUAGAGACGCCGAUAAGCUCUGAUUUCAAGCUUGUGCGGUCUGAAGUUUUAGAUUCGAACGUUGCAUCUAGCCAUUUCAUCAGCUUUGACCAGAUAUUCGGCGAUAAAACUCUGAAGAAAAGCAUUCUCUUUAGCUAUCAAUAUGAGUUGGAUUUUUUGCUGGCCCGCUUCCACGGCAAGGUGGAGGAGAUAAUCCUUGUCGCGCAGACGGGCACUAUUCGACCAUCUUCAGCACCUGCAGCGAUCGCUCUGACCGAUCGGCUGUCGAUUAUAGAGUUCAACAUGCCUCAGUUCACUUGCCAUCAUUCCAAGAUGGUUAUUAAUUUUUAUGACGACGGUUCCUGUCGAAUUUUCAUGCCCUCCAACAAUUUUACAUACGCAGAAGCUAACUAUCCACAGCAGGUUUGUUGGUGUAGCCCGCGGUUGGAACGAGCCAGAGACGCUUAUGUGCGAGGGUUUUCAGCUUUCCAAGACAGUCUUCUCGACUAUCUUGGCACCUACAAGCUGAGAAAAAUCUCGGAAAGGGUUGUUUCGAGCAUCAAAACUGUCGAUUUUUCUCCAUUACAAGACGUAACUUUCGUCUUUUCUUCUCCAAGCAACGAGAUAGCAUCCGGACUCCAGAGCCUGGCCAAAAUCAUCUCUGGAGGCGCGCGUGAUGAGGCUGGUGGACGCGCGUACCACUACCUGUGUCAAUCAUCCACGAUAGGUGCAGCCGUCUCAAAGAAAACUCAUGCGAAUUUGUUCACCCAUGUGUUCAUACCUAUUCUACAUGGUAUAAUUUCGCCGAAAUCGAAGUUACUGAGUACUGAGGCUCUCCUGAACGAGUUCAAGGUGAGACAUAUAGUGCCACACCUGGUCUAUCCCACUGUCGAAGAGAUAAGAACGUCACCGCUGGGGUGGCUUUGUUCGGGCUGGUUCCACUUCAAUUACAACAGGGAUAUGGCUCACUACAACAUGCUCUCAAAACAGUUUAGCGUCUUUCGCAAGCAGGAUUCGCGGCGAGUGUCCCAAAACAGGAGAACGACUCCUUCACAUUCGAAAUUUUAUAUGAAAUUUACAACGGAGCUUGAGGCCGAGCUAGGAACUUCCAUGGGCCUCGACUGGUGUCUAUACACUUCAUCUAACCUGAGUCGAACCGCUUGGGGGACCGGCACCGCACGUCCGCGAAACUACGAAGUUGGUGUUUUACUCAAAGCGGGCGCGAGGGAGCUGAUCUGCCGAAGCUUCACCGACGUUACUUACAGAGAUUCCUCAAAUUUCAAGCUCAAACCCAAUUCCCAGCUUGUGCUGGUGCCAUUUACACUUCCGGUUAUACCGUAUGACGCCAAGCAAGCGGACGAAGCAUUUUGCAUGAGCAAAGAUUACGACCUUAAUGAUAUAGAUGGAAUGCCAUAUCCCCACAACUAA